GAAACCGUCGAGAAGAUAUUGUGUAAUGGUGAUUGGGAAGAUGAAAAUGUCUUGGCCGUGGCCACGGUGAGAUAUCACAAGUUCAUGAUGUUGACGGAAAAAUAUCCGGACCGAAUCUUGGUGCCGACGAUGGGUGAGUCGAUUGAAUGCAUGCCUCUUUUGUCGCAAGGAUUCGACUCAAAGGAAAAAUUGGAACCGUACACAUCAGAGGAUCCGUCCAAGAAGUGGAGGAGUUCAUCGCGCGUCGUGAUGUCUGUUGUAUUUCCGGUAUAUGGACUGUACGUUGCUCAGAGGUUAUGGAAGUUGAGUAAGACGCAUGAUAAAAAUAUAGGCCCCGGUGGAAGCGUCAACAGGUCAAUGUGGAUAACCCCGGAAUCCAAUGGUAUCAAUGGUCAAGAAAGGAGGGGUCCUUACACGUCUGGGUAA